GCUCUGGGGUCUCAAGAUGGCCGCGCGCAGGUCUCUGAGGAAAGGGAAAGGGGCCGGGAUAGAGUGAGCCCCGAACCUUUCGGCCUUGGUUGGAGAAGAAAUCGGGACCUGCCGGUCGAAAUCGGGCAUCGGAUCCUGUGCCCGUUCGCCGCUCCCGUUGCGGAGAAGAAGGGCUAUGAGGUGACGGGAAGAUGGCGAGCGACGCGGGGAAGAAGCAGUUUUGGAAGCGGAACGCGUCUCGGGUGCCGGGCAGUAUUCAACAUGUAUAUGGAGCUCAGCAUCCUCCUUUUGAUCCACUGUUGCAUGGAAAUUUAAAACAAGGAACCAAGCCUCCUACGACCCCAGUAAAAGCAAAAAAAGUCAGCACAUUUCAGGAAUUUGAAAGCAACACGAGCGACGCCUGGGAUGUAGGAGAAGAUGAUGAUGAACUUUUAGCAAUGGCUACAGAAAGCCUCAACACUGAUGUAGUCAUGGAAACAGCUAACAGAGUAAUUCAGAAUCACAGCAAAUUACACGAGCAGCACAAAUUGCAGGAGGAACAGAUAGAAAGGGAACAGCCCCAGAAAAUUUCAGACUUGCCUUCAGCUGCAUGUGGUGACAACAGACUGGUUAAAUCUGUCAGCGAAACAAACACAUCCAGUUCUGCAGACACUAAUGGAAAUACUUCUGUGCCAAGAUCUCAGUCUCUUCCACAAGCCUCUACAUAUGCACUUACUGGUGGGGUGGCAGAUAAUGCCUCUGGUGUUCAUGUAUUAUCUGAAAGAGAGGCAUUGCGAUUAGAUAAAUUCAAGCAGCUUCUUGCUGGCCCAAAUACAAACCUUGUAGAAGAAUUGCGGAAGCUGAGUUGGUCAGGAAUUCCAAAAGUUGUACGGCCAAUUACAUGGAAGCUCCUGUCAGGUUAUCUUCCUGCAAAUACAGAUAGGCGAGAAGGUACUUUGCAAAGAAAACGGAAAGAAUACUUCGCUUUUGUUGAACAAUAUUAUGAUUCAAGAAAUGAAGAAACUCAUCAGGAUACAUAUAGACAGAUUCAUAUAGAUAUUCCUCGCAUGAGCCCCGAAGCUUUAAUUCUUCAGUCCAAAGUAACAGAGAUUUUUGAAAGAAUUUUGUUUAUCUGGGCAAUACGCCAUCCAGCCAGUGGAUAUGUUCAGGGCAUUAAUGAUCUCGUGACUCCUUUCUUUGUUGUCUUCACUAGCGAAUAUACAGAAGAGGAUUUGGAAAAUUUUGAUGUUUCCAGUCUUUCUACUGAGGUACUGCAGAAUAUUGAAGCUGACAGUUUCUGGUGCAUGAGCAAACUGCUUGAUGGCAUUCAGGAUAACUAUACCUUUGCUCAGCCUGGUAUUCAGAAGAAAGUAAAAAUGUUGGAAGAGCUUGUUAGCCGGAUUGAUGACCAAGUACAUAAACACAUAGAACAAUAUGAAGUGAAAUACCUUCAAUUUGCUUUCCGUUGGAUGAAUAACUUAUUGAUGAGAGAAAUCCCCCUGCGGUGUACCAUAAGGCUUUGGGACACAUACCAGUCUGAACCCGAAGGUUUUUCCCACUUCCAUCUGUAUGUCUGUGCUGCCUUCCUUGUCAGAUGGAAAAAGGAAAUCCUUGAAGAAAAAGACUUCCAAGAACUACUCAUCUUUUUACAGAAUUUGCCUACAAUGCACUGGGGAAACGAAGAUAUCAGUGUUCUCCUUGCUGAAGCCUACAGAUUGAAGUUUGCAUUUGCAGAUGCUCCGAACCAUUACAAGAGAUAAACAAAAUAAAUAAAUUACAAAGUGUGGCGCUGAUUGUGACGUCAAAUCAGUUUCCAUAUUGUGGUUGUGCUGGCACACAAUUGUCUACAGUUUCUAUAUUACUGUUGAGCAAGAAGCUAUUGGAUUACCAAAGAAAUGAGAGUACAGGCUUGGGGAAAAUCUUGCGUACUUAAAAAAAAAAAUCUUGUUCACUGAUUUAAAAAAGUUAAUUUUAUUUUCAUUAUGGUCCUUUUUUCCUUUGGUAACUGAGUUACUAUGUGAAUGAGUAAAGUGUGUUGUAUUCAUUGGGAUCUUAUGACUGAUUGUGUUGUCUCCAUCAGUUUUAUUCCAAGUCAAUUAUGUUCAAUAUUUUGAUGGAAGUAUUUUUGGUGUCUGAGGUGCAUGCAAGCUAAUAAGAAUAAUCAGUCUUGCAUUGAAAAUGAGUGCAAAUAAAUUAGGCAAGGAGGUCAUGUAGAGGUUGUUGCACACUUAUUUUGUUUGCAAACCCAGGAUAUUUAACUCCUUUUAAGAGAAAAGUUUGUUUACACAGUGAAAUCCAGGAGUAGAUAUUUAUGGAACACAACGUUUAAAACUUGAAAAUAAUGGCACAUGUGUGGUCAAAUAAGAUCCGUGGACAUUUUACUCAACAGUGUGCAGAUGUUUACUAUGUUAUUUGACUUUAGAGUUUCAAAACAUGUUGACUGUAGAAUAGGAAACAAGUUUGGUUGGCCGUAAUGUAUUACUGAGCUAAUGGUUUAAAACCUUUAUGUGCAUGUAGAUCUUUUAGUUUCAACAUUUUCCUAAUUAAAAUAUUACUUUAUAGAUGAAGAAUAUAUUUUGAUGUGUUGCUGCCUUACAUUGAAUUUGUAAUAUGAUGGGCCAUGGAUUUGCAGUGUACUGAUCAGGUUUAGAAAUUGGACUGAUGAAGUCUCCUCAAAUGUACUCUCUUGCAACCAUCAUGCAGAGCUCUUGAUUAAUUAAGAGCCAAUUUAUAUUUUAAAAAGUGUGUGUUUAGCAGCAACUUAUGGAAGGAAUUCAGUGAAAGGACUUUGUUAGUAAUAUAAAUGAUUUGGCUUUCUAAAAUAUUCACCAAUCAUUAAUCUUUUGAAGCAUCCAAUUUAACAGAUUCAAGCAGUUAAUGUUUCCACUGCAAUAUAUAUUUUUAAGCAAAAGGUGAUUUAUUCUUUAAGACUGCAUAUCUAGCAUACAAUUGACCGAACCAAGUGUUCUUGGUCUUUGUAUAGAGGAAAGGUUAUUGCAAAAGUAGCAAUGAUACCAGUAUGCUUCUAGUAUACCAGAUUUGUUAAAUAUGAUCUAUGAAAACCUCUUUAUCACUCAUAUCUUCACUAAGUCCUGAACCAUAAAUGGAAUAAGAUAAUACUAGGAGCUCUUCAAGUGUGCCUUUAAGUCUUUAUUUGAAUGCCUUAGUGUGGUUGUAUGUGUUGACUUCCUUUCUGUAUGGAUAGAUGCCAAAAUACAUGAUAAUUACAGGCAAUAGCACUAUUUUUUCUGGCCUUUCAUAGGCUGCACAGAUGUUUUAAAAGUUCCUUGUUUAAAGAUACUUUGUUCAGUGGAGCAUUUGCCAUAUUCUCUUUCUGAUAUUGUUUUAUGCAUUCGGAUUGUGUUGGGCUAUGUGAUUGUGAAACAUAUUCCAAUUCCAUUUGAGUUCCUCGUUUUCAAAUGCAUGCCUUUUAACAGCUUUAUUGAACAAAGCAGAGUAGUUCUGUUACUAUCGUAACACAGACGCACAGUCACAAAGAGGAUAUAGUUUAUGAGAGCUUCCAGGUCAAUACUGAUCUGAAGGAGCUACAUUAGUGAGGAAUUAUGCCAUCCCUUUUUAUUAAGGUAUCUCUGUUAAUUCUAAUCCUAUCACCCAUCUACUAAUCUACCAUGGAAAGUCAUUCACAGUCAGUGUAUUCCAAUAGAUUCUGGACUUUAAUUAUAUAAUGGAAAUAAAAUUUAGUUUUUUCAGAAUUUCCUCUGCUACCCCCAGCUAUGUUUGUAAGGCAAAGGGAGAUUCUUAGCCACAAGGGUUAAAGGUUUCUUAAACAUAAGGACACUUUAAAGUUCAGUGCAUUAUUAUUUUUAAUUUGUCAGGUUGUGUCAAAUAAAAUAAAUUAACCUCCCCCCCCAAGGAAAAACAAACAAACCAGCUGAAAUGCAUUGGGAGUGAAAAUUGUAUGAAUCGUUAAAAAAAAAGGAAAAUAAGAUAUAGAGCACAUGGAUUUGUACUUUUUAAAUUGUAUAAUAUGCAUAGGAAUUUCUCUUAUGUAAAAUGGGUCUGUGUUAAAUGUAUUAGGAGAAAUGAAAAAAAAAGUUAAUUCCAUUCGAUAUGACUUUCAGGCUUUGUUAGAAUCAUUUUUGCUUCUUCUUCAAAACUGAAUAAUAUUCCAUGCUGUGAAAAAGAACAACUUGAGUACAUCAGAAAUAAAGGAAUACUCUGUCCUCCAAUGUUGUUUUAUAAAAAUUGGGUAUUUGGCCAUAGGGUAGAUUUUCUGUGUACUUAUUUUUUUUUCCUUGAAAUUGUGUUUUGAUUUCUUUGUAUAACUCAGGAAAAGUGCCAUCCCAACCAGCUGUUAUAUGGAAAAAAUAUUUCUUUUACAUCUCUUUGUUAAAAUUUUGAAUUGCUAUCUAAUAUCAAUAUAUUAAGAUUUACUAACAUAGAAAAGAUAUUGGAACAAUUCAAUAAUUUAGCAUGAUCUGUAAUGUUAUAUUGAAGGCUCAAAGUCCUCUUGUCAUAAAUGCGAUAUUAAAUGUACAGUGCAUAUAAACAAUUUCUAUCUAUAGUAUAUGCUUAGUAAUGUAAAUAAAAAAAAUGUACUAAAUAUGUAAAUAUAAAAUAUGAAAGAUACAACUACCUUGCAAUCACCUGUACAUCUCAAAUAUACUAUAACAAACUAGUUGCACUAGUGUUUAAUUUCAUAUGGAAAAGCCCACAGAUUUGUAUUACAUCAAUAAAAUGUAAUUAAUACCCAA